UAAAACAGACUUGUAAUACUCCUUCAUUGUAGUUUUUUUCUUGAGGAAGUGAGGUAACCAAAAUCGUGAGGAAAAAGAGCUAGAGCACGCCCGAGUUGGGUAGUAGGGUUCACUAUGGCCCGAGGACAGCAGAAGAUCCAGUCUCAGCAGAAGAAUGCCAAGAAGCAGGCAGAUAUGAAGAAAAAGCAAGGAUGUGAUCAGAAGGCAGCAGCCAAAGCAGCUCUUGUUUUCACCUGUCCUGUCUGCAGGACACAGAUGCCAGAUCCUAAAACCUUCAAGCAACAUUUUGAAAGCAAGCAUCCCAAGUCCCCACUACCUCCAGAACUAGUUGAUGUCCAGGCAUAAAAACUCUAUUUCUGCAUACUGGGCUUGACUCUUGGAUACAGACUCUGCUGUGGUGAUGCGCUGAAAAUGAAAUGUUUCAGGCAGUGUUCGACUUUCCACCAUUUGGCAACUUCAUUUGACAGAUGACUACUGAACUUAAAAUGAACUGUGGUCAGGAGGUUGAGGCAGUGUCAUAAGGACCUGUCAUCGAGCCUUCCUAGUGUGUAAUCUGUGUUGUAAGCUGUCUUUUCUGUGAUUACAAAAUACAAAAGCUGUUUCAACACUGAUUUGUUAUGUGUCAUUUUCAGUGUCCUUGUCUUUGGAAGGGGUAGAAAAUGCACUGCAGUUAUAUGAUCACCUGAGUUACUGACUUCAUAUGAUUUAAUUCUUUAAAUAACAAAGCUUGGUGCACUACUUGCAUCCAUUCCCAUAUUUAAAUGAUAAAUUCUCAAUUAAGUCCUCACAAAAGCAGCUUUAUAGUGCGACACUGUUGUAAAUGGUGCAGAUGAAUGCCACAGGUCAUAAGAAGUGCCAUAACUCAUCUUAACAUAUGCCCUGGUAUAGUAAUCGUAAGGUGGGGGAAGGUUAGCAUAGUGUAUUUUGUGCUAAUGAGUACAGCUGCUGCUGAUACCUAUGAACUUGUCAGGUUGUGUUUGGUGUGUGAUUAAGGAAUGUAUAUAUUUUUCCAGAUAUUCCCCAGACAUUCUCAGGUUGUUUAAAAAAAAUGAAUUUUCCUGACUGUUCUGUGGUAAAUAGUGAUGGUAAACAAUAAAUGAUACAUUUUUGUAUGGGGCCAGUCUGCAGCCUAACUUAGUGGCAUUUUUUUUCUUCAUAAUAUAGUAUUGGUUACAGUGAACAGAACUGUUGGCUCUGUAAUUAUUUGGAGGCUGUAAUUUCUUCAUGUUUAAUACACACUGAAGCACCAGAAGUGUUUUAAUAAUUCAUGGCAUUCUUCCAUUACAUUAGAUCGAAUCCAGCAAUACAUUGGUACCUGUCUGAGUUCAGCAGGGCUUUGUAAUAAAUGACAUUGCAACGUACUGCUUGAAGAUAUUGCUUUAUUGUUAAGUUGUACCAUUACACAGUGUUUUACAUGUAUGCUGAUGGGAACUGCACUACACCUGGAUAGUUACUUCAGUGUUUCCUUGUGAUAUUGCUUGGGAAAUACCUGCUGCAGACAUCGAGCCAAGUAGGAUGCUUUACUAUUUUAAUGUUUUCUUUUGAAAUGCAGACUUGUUAGUAACAUGAUUUUUAAUACCUAUGUUUAAACCAAAACUGAUUUUUUCCAUUUUCUUUACUUUUGCAGUAUAAUAAAUUGGUAUACUCUG